AUGACUGAUAGUUGGAACGCUAUUAAACCGGUUGCACAACAGAUUAUGGAAACAAUUAUUGCUUCUCCAUGCAAUGAGAUUGUUCAUACAUCUGUUAUGACGCCAAAAGGUCCAUUAUCAUUCGAUUCUAUAUUAGAAAAUGUUAAGAAUGGAACAUACACGUCUUCAAAGGACUGGGACAAAGAUUGCAGGACAUAUAUAGCUACAAUGGCUGAAACAUAUAAGCAGCAGCCUUUAGAGCUCGUUAUUUUAAAGCACGUUCGAAUUACAUACGUUAAAUUAAUACAGAAAUGCCAAGCAUGCACUACAGAAGGAUGGAUAAAGCGCGCAAAUCAGCUUCGUGUGAAGAUUGAUGACUUACUUCGCACAGUUCCGGAUUGUCUCAAAAAGUAUUCGCAGCUAAUGCCUGUUCCUCCAAUCCACAAUACUCAAUUACAGCGUAGCGAUAUAGAAACAAUUGCAAAAUUCGAUCAAAAAAUUACAAAUAAUCUUGAAUUAAUGCAGCUUCUUCGUAUACUUAAUGAUGAUCCUGCGGCCCUCGAGAUUACAGGUGAUACAGCUAAAGUGGACGUUCAAAAGCUUCGCAAUCCAACGCAAUUGAAAUUAUAUUUAUUCCUCAAAGAUAAAAUCGAAGGCGAUAAAAAGUGA